GUUGACAAUAGAAAAUGAAGGAGAUUUCUGAUCAAGUGUUUCUAUAAUCGUCUUUAUAAUGAUGGAUAUAGGUAAUAAUGUAUCAAGCAGAUGGCCUCUGCUGCUUGAUAUGACCAAAGAAGAAUGCAAAAAAUCUUUACGGGCAUUAGAGCUGUCUGCAUACAGCCAGGUAGUAUCAGUGUUGCGAGCACAGGGAGAGCUUACCAAGGAGAAGAGAAAGCUGUUAAAUGACCUGCAGACAAUAUUUUCAAUCACGCUGGAACGACAUCGUGCUGAAAUAAGAAGGGCAGUCAACGAUGAGAAGCUAAACACUAUAGCUGAUACACUGGCAGGGCCUAACACAGGAGUAGAAUGGGCUGUUGAAGGUAGACGUCUCAUACCCUUGAUGCCAAGAGUGCCUCCACAGACUGCGUACACUGCCAUUGCAACUCGUAUGGCAAUGCUCUAUUAUGGCAUUAAUUCAAAGAUGCCGCCACCUACAUCUACUGCCAUGUAUGGGAAAAUGGACAAUCUUGGUGCUGAAUCCGAGGAUACUGAUUCUGAAGAGGAGACAGACGGCCUCAGGUUCAUAUCAGGAUCCAUGGUUCCCCCCCAAUACAACAGCGACCAGGGCUCCUACACUACACUGCCCCAGUCACAGGCCCGUCUUGCCAAGCUCCCUCCUAAAGAAAAUCGGGAGAAUCGGGAGAUGCCCACCACGACGGUCUCAGGGUCGAUUGGUCCCAUGAGUGUACCCCCAAACACAAGCACAACUGGCGGAAGCAGCGACAAGAGAAAACGAAAGCGAUCGCAGUCAACCGACCACCCUCUUCCACCUCCGCCUCCACCACCCGCACCGAGAGAGCACACUCCAUCUCCUGGAACACCAACAAAGCAGCUCAGUAGUAUAGGUCGAGCUGUUCCGGGACCCCCAAUGAAGAUUACUGUGACGGGAAAUGUUACACGUGGCACUCCUGGGACUCCUGUGUCUACCCUAGGGGGCCAUACACAAAAGGUUAUACUAGUGUCAACAUCAGGAGCUAGUGGUGUGGGAGGUGGGAUGUACCAGCGCUCCCUCAGUGUCCCAGUGAUGAAAGGAGGGACAGGUGCAGCUCAGACAGUCAUGCGAGGCGUUCCCACUGGUCCUGGGGCAAUUCCUGCGACACAAAUUCAGCAAGCUGGAGGAAACAUUGGAUCUGGAAGUAUGAUUGUUCCUUCAACUUACUCUAGUGGUACUCCAACUGCCUCAGCGGGUAUGGUUCAGUCAGUUAUGCCACCAGGAACCUAUGUCAAUAGAAUGAGGCCACGGGUCCCAAGCAGUGCUCUUCCCCCAAGGCCACGUCAGCGAUCAAACUCUCUCGUACUUCAAACAGAACCAGGGAUAACACAGAGAGGAGUGGAGUCUGGGUCAGUCAGUGGAGGCAGCAGUCUAACCUCCAGCAGCCACAUCAGCACCAUGGCCUCGUACUCAGGUGGCCCCCCAAGUAUAGUGGGUCAGGCAGCCUCUCAGCACAGCUUACAGCCCACACAUCUUAUGACUCACCAGACUAUACAGGUGCGACCCGGCACUCCUGUUACACCGGGCAAGACAGCCAUACAGAUACGUCAGGAAGGCACAGCAGGAGCAAAAAUCAUCACACACACCGUAGCAGGCAGCAGUAGUACCAUGGGGGUUCCCAGUGGUAAUUCAAGCACAGGUGGAGGAAGCAGCAGUGCAGGAAUUGGCCCCAGUGCCCCUAAUAGAUUAGUGGGUAGAACGCCAAUCUUGCCACCUAGUUCCCCUCAAGGCUCAGGUGGGCCCCUCUAUGUUGUCACAACCAACUCAGGAACAAUUACGGUUGUCACUCGGACAGUUGCCGCAGGGCAGGGCACAGGACCUCGGGUGGUCACAGUAAAUACCAUCAAUGCACCAAAGUCUUCAGUUAGUGGAGUUCGUACAGCAUCUCCAGCAACUGUUGUAUCUGUGGGGCCUAAAACUGUGCAGACAGUUAGAGUAACUCCUCAAGGCCCAGCUGGACUCAGGCCUGUUCUUGGCGGCACAAAAUCCAAUGUUAUUGUUGUUCACAAAGGAGCCCCUCCUCCAGGAACACGCCCAGUGGGUAUUCAGGGUAUUAGGGAUGUUCCUACAAAGAUUACCAUUGGGAAGGGGAUUAGCAGCAGUGGCAGCACGACUGUCCUGCAGAAGCCAGCUGGCCCACGGGGAACGGUGACAGCUUCCAGUGUGACCCCCAGCAGCAGUACCCCAACGUCCCAGGGCAAUGUCAUCGUGGUAGAUCUGAGUCCGGAGGGCAGCACUGUUAGCAACAACAAUGCCCUGGCAGAUAUCCUACAGGCAACAGGUAUACUGGGUGCAGGCGGACCAAGUAGUGUUGGUAGUGGGAGCAUCGCAGCUGGUGGUAGUGGUGGCGAUGACGUAGGCAGCAAUGAGGGGGAAACCCCAAGAGUCCCUCCUUCUUCUUGCUCGGUUCCAUCUCUCUCAGGGACAGAAUCCACUUCUACAAGUUUGGCAACAUCUACUCGAUCUUCCACCCCAACAGUCAGCCAGUCUGUCAUUUCAGCUGACGGAGCACCUCCUGUGAGAGCCUCGGGAAAUAACGCCACCAGUCAUAAUACUGUCACUAACACGGUGACACCUACGAGCAGUCUGUCUGUGAGUACCCUGCCUAGUGCCGUCACCUCCUCAGCGAGUGCAGUCAAUACCACAGCCUCUGCGAGCAAUAACAGUGGCAGCAGUAGUGGCUGUGCUAAUGAAGGGGGGGGAGGCAAUGGAAGCAGCAGUGCAGGCAGCGGCGAAGGGGACGGAGAGUGGCUGAACUUGGGUCUGAGUAGCGAAGAUUCCCCAGGACACAGUCUGCCUGAGGGACAAAUGCAGAUGUUGGAGGAGGCAGUAGAGAUCCUAGGCCGAGGUGACAAGGAAUCGGCAAGGAACCUCCUACGACAAGCAGGAAUAGAACUGCUCGACUCCCCUGGAGACUUGGGAGAACAAGGAGGGGAGGCAACAUCAAUGGCAAGCCUGAUGGCAGGUCUAGCCAGCCAACUACCUGGAAGCCAUCUGGAUGAGGGCCCCAUGCCACCUGUCGGAGAGCUUGACCCUGCAACUGGUCUUUUUUACAACCCCUCAAGCACGGAGAGCUCUUCUGACACCAACAGCAAUUCAGCAUCAGAAGAUCUGGAGACGACAGAAGAAAGAGAAUCUCAGGAGUAGUGGCACCUUCUCGCCAGCUCUGAAAAGCCGAAAGAGAACGAUAGUAGCUAUAUUUUAUAAAUGUCCUUUUAUGGUAGAUGAAAGUAUUCAGCAAUAUAGAGUAUAUUUCAGCAGUUUCUAUAUCUUCACAUUUUGUGUAUAUACUACCAUAAGCUCUUUGCCAUCUUGUAUCUAUUUAUGUUUGACUUCCAUUUUGUUGUAAAAGAAAAUUUAUAUGAAAGGUCUAUGCUCACACAAGGUCACAUGUGAAUAGAUUGUUUUAUUUUCAUACAGAGCAUGGGUUAUAUGACAAUAGUAAGAUAUACUAAGUCUUUUUUUUUCUUUGUUUAGACAGAGUUCUUUUGUCUAUAAAGUACUUUUAUAUAUAUAAGUAAGUCUUUGGAUACAAUCAGGAAAAGUGUCAUAGGUUCAUGAAUCAAGAAGAAACAUUGUCAGUGGUCUCAGUAAAUGUUGUAAAUAGAAUCCUGGUUUGUUAAAUUUCUCUCUCUUCUCUCUCUCCUCUCCUCUCCUCUCCUCUCCUCUCCUCUUCUCUCCCUCCUGCCUUUCCUUCAGUUAAACCAGAAGCUUCUUUAUCAACCUGGUUUACCAAUGCAGUGAUAUGAAUAUAUCUGUUUUUUUAAUAUGAAAUAAGUUUUUCAUAAUCAAGAAGAAAUCCAAUUCAUUCAGACUUCUAGAAUAAAAUUUUAGAUUACUGGUUUUGUGUCUUCUGUGUCUAUGUAUAUAUGUGUACAUAACAUAUAAUGUAAAGUGGCACCCUCAGAUUUGUACAACAUUGUUUACUCUACCCUGCCUGGAAAGCAUGUUAGUGUAUAUACUGAUCAGGAUGAAUCAAUUUACCCAGUGAUGAUAGUGUGUGUUUUAUAAGGUUUCAUUAGAUUUCAUCUGCACAUUAUGAAUUUUCCUCAUUCUCAUAUUUUUGAUGAAGGUAUAAUUGCAUCUGGGAAGUGGUGUGUGGAUUUGAGGUUUAACAGUUGAUAAAUGUUUUAUCAUUGGCAAGAUAUAGUUUUGAGGUUCAGGAUUGUUAAAGUUUGCUUUUUUUCAUUUAUUUGUAUUUUAUGUACAUGUUUCCAUGUUACAGAUAUUUCAGUCAUUUGUACUUGUUUUUUGCAAGUUCUAUUUAAUGUGUUCCAAAUUCACUGGCACCAGAAACUGCGGGCAGAUUCACAUGUGUUUGUUAUGUGUCUGUGUAUAUACGUGUGUAUGUGUAUGUUUGGCUGUAUCUCUGUCAGACUGAGUCUGUGGCUGUUUGUUAAAAGAAAGGAUUAUAGUGGCGCUGAAAGAUAAAAGUGCUGAGAUUUUUUUUUUUUUUUUUUUUUUUUUUUUUUUUCCGUUGGGCUUUUAACAUGAUCAGGUGCUUCACAACUCAUAUAGCAUAAUUGAAAUGUACUUACAAAGUGUAGUAUCUUCUUAAAGGGAGACACAAAAGUGGUAUAGUCUCUUGGUUUUACAGUUGUACUGACCCCACUUGAUAAAUAUCAGGACCUCUAUGGUAACAUUUUUUUUUUCUCCAAAAUUAAGAAUAAAAAGAAAAAGAAAAUGUGAAAGCUUUUAUAAACAAAGGUUAACCUUUGGGUAUAUUAGAUCAUUGGUAUUGCUUAUAGCUUAUAUGAAAAAAAGUGAGAGAAAACAAUAUAUAAUUUUUAUAUUACCUGCCUAUUUUUACAUUUAUUUUUCUUCAGAACUUCCACAGUUUCUAAUUUAAUUUUCAGUUGUGAGUUUAACACAUUAUUAUUUCUUUAUUCAUGUAGAUUUUUUAGGGGAAACUGCAGUUACUGUAAAGGAGGUCUGAGAACUUCAAGGCUUACUAAGCAAAGUAAAAUAAAUUAUAUGACAUUCAUGCUUCAAGUUGAUCCAUGAGUAUAUUCUGGUCUAUCAACCACUGCUUUGACAUCAAAAGAUAAGAGUAAAAGAUUAUGGGAAAUAAAUGCUCAGGAAGAGAAGAAUAUCACAUGCAAAUCAGAAUGAAAGAAGGAUAAGAAUUGCAAGAGCAAAUUGGGAAAUAAAAUGUUAGCUAAAAAUGUCUACACUUUCAUGAACACUGAAAGAAUAAAUCUAUAGAAUUGUCCAAGGCUGAGAGUGUAACGGGUGCUGUUAGCAUGACAUUGCCAGAAUUUUUAGUAGACUGGGAAAAUGCAUUUAUUUUGCAGCCGUCACCAAAAUGGAGGAAAAAGAUUUAUUUUGUUUAGAAAUUUCUUCCUGGUCACUUGCACUUAAAAUAUUGUUAGGUCAGUGAGGACCAUUAUUUUGUAGAGUGGUCAUAGUGUGUAAUCUUUUGGAUAUUUUAGAAUAUUUUGUUGACACAAAAAAGUGGCACAUGCUUUUUCAGUUUGAUGUAUGAGGUAAAAUUUUGUUGCUUAUAUGGAAGAGCACAAACACUUUUAUUGUAUUUUUUCUUCUUUUUUCUUUUUUUUAGAUUUUCUUGGAUGUUACUAUUGUCUGUGUAGAUUACACAUAAGCUUCAGUAUUUUGUGUUCACAGAGUGAGAAUCCUCAUUGAUAUGUAAGUUGAUAAUUACACAAAUACUCAUAAUUACAUAAGUACGUACAGUCAUUCAAAGCUAUGAUUUUCAGCACAAAGAGAUGAUAAUAUUCUUUCUCUCAAGUAUUACAUGAUAAAGAGGUGUAUGUGAUUUUGUAAGUAUAACUUGCUAUAUAAGUGUUUGUGCCAAUUCACAUGCAGACUGGAAGUCACUUUGUAUAGACUCACAAUUAUGUUUAAUUACUGGAUAAUAGAGAUAUGAAAGGAAUUUGUAGAAUGUGACUUAGCCAUUUUUAACAUUGCAUCUUUCCAAAUGACUUUUCAUGCCUUAAAAUGAGAAAGAAAGAAAAUACUAGUGUUUUACCCAUUUCCAUCUUCAUAAUAUGGUCAUUUCUGUGCAUGUGUAUUAUUAAUAGUGUCUGUUUUUGUUAUGAAUUUAGCAAUGUAGGUGCACUCUUAGUCUUGGUAAAAUCUUGUUUAUAUACUCAA